UCAAAAACAUGAUUCAUUUAUGAAAAUAUGGAAGAACUGAGAAAGCGGCUUUCUUCAAUGUGGUAUCAAAUGUAUUUUGAAUUUGACUAGAAACUGGCUAAAAGCGGCCAGAAUUGAACUAUGAGUUCCGUUUGGAAACGAAUUCAACGCGUUGGCAAACGGGCCUCGAAAUUCCAGUUUAUCGCUUCGUAUCAGACACUAACAUUGGAGUGUUCUAGAGAUGGGAAAUGGCAACCAAAUAAACUUAGCGUGAUCUGGACGAGACGGAAUAGACGAAAAGCUGUCAAGCCAGAAACAUGGCAACCAAGUAUUGCCAAUCCUUUCCGAGGAAUGAUUGUCUGGACUGAUCCUGAGGAAGUGGAGAUCAGUGUGACUUUAUACAAGGAUGCGAGGGAAGGGAGCCCCUUUGAAGAUAAGCUUUGGACAUUUUUGAUUGAAGAUGAGUCAGUGACUGGAAAACGUCGUCCAGUAGCAAGUGUUUCUAUCAACAUGGUGGACUAUCAUAGCAUUGAUCUUCAAACAUUUUGUCUGAAUCUUCCACUGCGACCUGCAUCAAAGAAAGUUGUCUCUGCUUCUCUAGAUCUGAACCUUGCUUGUGUGCUCCUUAAAGAAGGGAAUGCAACAGAUGAAGAUAUGAUAAGUAUGAGUAGUCUCCUUAGUCUGAAUGAUCCCUAUGGAUCUCGUGAGUCUGAUUUCGAUGCCGGAAAGAACUUUAAAAGAAAUGCUGGAAAAAGACUAUCUCUAAGAUCAGCAAAAUCAAAAAGCAAGCCAACAUUUAACAUGGCAACCAACACAACAAGCUCUAAGGAGGUGAAAAAACAUGUAAAAAGCAAAGGAAAGACACACAAGAAUGACACAAUGAAUAUGUCAUUGCCUGUGGCUAAUCAUGUUAUUGAAAAUGGUUUAAAUAAACCACUGAGCACAAGUGACACUGAUCUUUCAAAAAUAGAAAACAGGUCUAGUCCUAAAAAGAAGAAGGAAGAUGAAAUGUCUGCCCCUGAACAAAGUUUACUGAAGUGGUGUCAGGAAUGUGUGAAAGAUUAUCCUAAUGUAGAACUGACUAACAUGACGACGUCAUGGAGAAAUGGCUUGGCAUUUUGUGCCAUUAUACAUCAUUUCAACUCUGAUAUGAUAGACUUCUCAAGUCUAAAGGAGGACGAUGUCAGAGAAAACAACAGACUUGCUUUUGAAGCAUUUGAAUAUCUGGGUAUAUCCAGAAUGUUAGACCCACAUCAGAUGGUUCUCUCCUCAGUCCCUGAUAAACUUCUCAUUAUGACCUACUUACAUCAGAUCAAACAGUAUUUUACAACAAAAAAGAAAACAAUUGAGGAACGUGAUGAGGAUGAUGGCCUCACCUUGGAUACCAUAGUUGAGGCCGAGCGGAACCUGAGACUGAAUACCGAAACUCUAAUAAACGAUAUUGAGAGCAAUGAUUUUACAAAGUUAAAAGACAGUAAGGAAUCUGAUACAAAAACAGAUCCCCCAAAAGACGUUAAAACGGAUAUCUCAAACGAUAGUAAAACAGACACCUUGACAGACGGUAAGAUUGAGUAUAAAGCCAAUCCUGGGUAUAAUCCGUUUGAUGAAGAUGAACCCAUCGCUCAGGCGGGUAUUAAUAUCGGAUUCACUCCGACAAGUUUGGAAGAAGGAAAUAUUGAAUUUGACGCUGCAGUUGUUGAAUCAAAGGAAAAGAACAGGAGUGAUGUGGUCUUGAAAGAUGAGGAACAUAAUAUAUCGUCAGAAAAUCAUUCACAAACCAUUGACAAAUGUAAUCAUGAAAAAUUGCGAGAAAAUCAGGCGAAAGAAAACGAGCCCAGUGUAUGGGAGCACAACCAAAAAACGGGUAUCAAAAAACCAUCUGUAAAACCGCAAGAAAGAAAAGCGAUUACGAGCGAAGACCCGUGGAGGUUGGGGACUAAUGAUAGUAGAACAAACCAGGCAAAAACAAAAGAGAAAGCCCCAAAACCACCAGAAGAACAUGACAUAAAAGAUUAUAAAUCAAAACAUGAAAAUACUGUGCAAUAUUCUCCUCAACCAGGAUUUAAUCCAUUUGAUGAAGAGGUGGAUGAAGAUUUAAAUCAGAAUAAACAAGAGUUAAAAACAGAGGAUGAGACUUCCAUUAAAGGAAAGUCGCUAAAUCCGUUUGAUGAUGAUUAUAUAGAUGAUGUCGAGGAAAGUAAUGUAACUCAGAAGGAAGCACCUAAAAGUUUGAAUCCUUUUGAUGAGGACUAUGACGAACCACUUGAGACUGAUUUAGACCAAGUUCUAAGUAAAAAUAAUGAAGUGAAAACCGGUGAAGAAAGUCACGUGGACAAAGAUCCGAGGAGUCGUGACUCGGUAAGGGAAGAGAGAGGUAGUCCUGAGAGAGGAAUGGGAACAACUAGCAUUAAUGAAGUUCUCGUUGCCAAUACAAGCCCAAGGCGUAGCCCAAUAACUAAUUCAAGUAGACUACAAACAGAUAAUAACCUUGGUGUUACCAAAGACAAAUAUACCAAUAAAACUGAUAAUACACAGAGAAGUACUUCACCUGUAGUCCACAGUCACACAUCAUCAGCAAGGACUGUAGAUACAAGUCAAACUAAUUCUCCUCCUCCUGCGAGAUCUACAGAAAAUGUACAAGUUACUCAAAUGCAUCGUAAGGAAAUAAGACGGCCCGGAGAUCGAACUGGUUCUAUGGAGCGACCAACAGCACUGAGCGCAAAGCCGCCUUUUAGGAAACAGUUGACUGAGAGUCAUAUCAAACCAAAAAGACCAGAAUCAGAGAAUCUGGGUAGAAAAGGAACACCUACGUCACCAACACCUGGUCGCGGGCAGCUUAGCCUACCAACGUCGCCACGAAGUAGGAUUCCAUCAUUCGAAGAAUGGAAAGCAAAGAAAUCGGACGAUGCUGCAAAACAAGAAGAAAUCAAAGCUCAAGCAAGACAAAUGAUCAAAGAAGCUAGAGCAAGAACGGCAAAAUCUCAAACCACUAACCAGGAACCAAGAAACAACGUGGCUUCUAGAAUUCCUGUACAAGCUAGCGCCAAUCUCCCGCGAUUAACAUCGUCGAAGAAGUACAAGGCACCAGAACCUCCCGGUGAAAAUAGACGCGGGACUUUGGCAUCCAAGUUAAAGGAUGAGAUUGAAUAUCAGAAGAGAAUCACUGAAAAAACUCGAAAAACUUUGGAGUCUUCUCGUAUUAAAAGAAUCAAUCCAAAACAGGAGAAUGUGCCCGAAGUUGAGCAGCGAAGCGAGCGAAGUGAGAAAGUACAACAAGCGAUAAGGGAGGCCAGGGAGAGACCAAACAGGAAAACUAACCCCCCUGAAACUGAAUCGCACCCCCCUGCUGAUGAUGUGAAGAAAACCGCUAGUAUGACAAGCCCACCGAAGCCACCGCGUGUGUAUACAUAUACUGAGGAAGGAGCCAAGUCUGAAGAUGAACCUCAAGAGAGUGGGGAUGAGCAGCAAAUUGAUCACCAAACGACUGCAAAUAAAAAUGAAACGGUAGAGGAACCAUUGAACACGCAGGGAGAUGAAGAAAAUGAGCCAAAUCCAUCUUUACAACAAAAUCCGUUUAAACUGACUUUCAAAAGAAAAGAAACUGUACCGCACGCUGUUGUGAAACCUCUAUCUUCAACCACGAGUCGGGAGACAAAGAUUGACUUGAAGAAGUACAGCAUCAAGUCUCGCAAAUUGAGUGAAACUAACAAUGAGAGUAACAUAAGUACAGCCUUUGGUCAACUGUCCCGUAGUCGCGAGUCAUUGUCGUCAGAUCAUGGCCAUUCAUCUGAAGAGGACGUUAAUGAUAUAUUAGAUAAUGUUGGUCAUGGCUCUGAAAACGAAAAUGGAUCAGAUGAAGAAUUGUACGAUAAUGGUGAAGACGAGGAAGGCUUCCAAGAUACAUCUCAGUAUGUUGAGCACGAGAUUGCUGUUUUAGAGGAGGAUCGUGUGGCAUUAGAUCGAGUGGCGGUAAAACUCGAGAAAGAAUUGCGGGAAGCCAUGAACACAGCAGAUUGUAAAGAUGAGGAACAGAGAUUAUUCCAAGAAUGGUUUUUGCUUGUGAACAAGAGGAAUGAAAUUGUCAGACGACAGACGGAAUUAAGUAUAUUAGAAAAGGAAGAAGAUUUAGAGAAACGUUUUGAAUUGUUAAACAGAGAACUUCGCUUUUUAAUGGCUGAUAAUAAACGAGAAAAAAGUGCACAAGAGAAGAAACGUGAGGAAUUGUUGCUGGCGGAGUUAGUUCGUUUGGUAGACAAGCGCGACGAGCUUGUGAGAAUAGAAGAUUCCCAAGUACAGGAAGCGGAGAAAGCAGCACAACAUGUAGAUGAUGUUGUACGGAACACAAAGAUUCCCAAGAAACAGGGUGAUUGUUGUAUACAAUAGAAGUGUAGAAAAGAAUCACCUGAUCACCUGACAGCGAAGCAGGCUGGGAAGAGAACAACGUGAAGUGAACAGAUAUUUUGUAACCAGAGAAUAAUGAUUACAUUAUCGUUAUAUAUAAUUGUUUUCAGUUUUCGUUAGUUUAGUGCUCAACCCCAAAUCAGAUUUUAAAUAUAUUUUAUUGUUAUCUUGCAUAAAAUUUUUGCGUCAAAUUGCAAGGUUCCGAAAGGUCCCAAAUGAUCUCAAUAUCAUGACGUCAAUAAAGUGGAGAAACUACAAGAAACCUUUUUUCCAUUGCAUUUAAAAAUAAGCCAAUGAUUUCGAAUAAGAAAAAUCUGAUCAGGGUAAACUAGCACUUUAAUAAAUUGGCUACAUGCAUGGCUGCGUGUCUUUAAAAUAAUUGUUGAGUUGUUUUGUCAAUGUUUUUUUUGUUUACUUGUAAGUACAGACUGGGUCCGAGAGUAAGAACUGAACGACAAUACCAUGCAAAUGUGUUAUAUUAAAGAGGAAAUUGUAUCGAAGUCAGCAGGAACUGUAAUUUGGUCGAAAUAUGUACCCACAAAAUCGUGCUAGAAUGCUAGUAUGCAAUAUUUAGGACAACUCGUCGUUAUUCCGGAAACGUGCUAAGGAAGAUGGCACAUGUCGCAGCUCUCGGAAGCUUUCGUCCAAUUGGAUAAUGCUUUUCUAUGCCUUCUAAAGAACGAAGCUUUUUUAU